UUAAAUGCCAUUGCAAGUUGGUCAGUGAGAGGAAGAGGGAGGGAGCCAAGGAUCUUCUGGCACUGUGAGGCACCGCUGGCACCACACCGUUACUCCAGGCACCACCACCACCACCACGUCACUCCAGAGCCACGGGGCAGGCAGCAACACAAGCAACACACAGGAAGACUCAAACACCCCAAACACACAGCGAUGCAUCUUUGGGCAACGUGGACGUGUAUCUUGGUGGCACUGGUGACCCUCGUGGCCUGCGCUCGGGACUUCUAUGAGAUCCUGGGAAUCAAGAGGAACGCAAACGACAGGGAGAUCAAGAAGGCCUUCCGAAGGCUUGCCAUCCAGUACCAUCCAGACAAGAACAAGGAGGAAGGAGCGGAGGAGAAGUUCAGGGAGAUAGCGGAAGCGUACGAGGUUCUAUCCGACGAGGAGAAGCGGAAGGAGUACGACAUGAUUGGCCACGCUGGGUACACACAGAAGCAAAAAGGAGGCUCAGGCGGAGGCGGACAGGGGCACCACUACAACCAGGCCUUCCACUUCAACUUCGACGACCUGUUUGCGGACUUUGACGGGUUCGGAGGUGGAUUCACGGGCGGAUUCUCGAGCGACUUUGACGAUGAUUUCCUAAACAUGGAGGACUUCUUCGGUCACAGCUUUAGGGGCAGGGACAACUUUGGCUCCCACAAUACCUUUUUCGGCCCCGGUGGCCAUUUCCGUCAGGAGGACCACAUGCGGCGACACAGGGCGGCCCAUAACACGGCCCACCAGCACUCCUUCCACCAGCAGCAACGGUUCCACGGAGGCGACCAUUUCCACCACCAGCAGCAAGAACAGGCACAAUUCACAGGGGGUUCUGGAGGGCGCACUUGUCGGACAGUCACACAGAGAGUCGGAAAUAUGGUCACCACGUACACGACUUGUAGUUAAGCAUAUCGUCAUCACUCUCAUCCUCUCACUGAAAAUCCGCCCCUCCUGAAUUGGUUUAUAUCUCCCCUGUUCACUUAAAUCCCCUGCCUUGAUUGAGUUUAAAGAUUUCUUCCCAUGUUUUUAAAUCCAUCUUCUUGCAUUUGAAUCCCCCCGCCAAGGUUUAGAUCUCACUGGAAUCGAUCAAAUCCUCCAUCAGUUUUUCACACAUUUUUACCUAACAGAUUAAAACCACACAUAUAUAUAUCAGGAGUUUUUUAACUAUUUACACUACAGGAAGUGAAAAUUGCAUAUAUCAUCAGUUUUUCACAAUAUUUACACUACGGGAAGUGAAAAUUGCAUAUAUCAUCAGUUUUUCACAAUACAGUCGUCCCUCAAAUAGUAUAGUUUCCAAUAGUUGGAUUUUGGUUUUAUGUGGAUUUUCUAAGAAGAUUUUUUAGGAUUUUUAAAUUUCCCGACAAGUAGGAAAUUUAAAAAUCCUAAAAUAUCUUCUAUGACAGUCUGUAUAAAACCGAAACCGAACUAUUGGAAACCGUACUAUUUGAGGGACAACUGUAUUUACACUACGGGAAGUGAAAAUUGCAUAUAUCAUCAGGUUUUUAUACAUGUCUAGACUACAGGAAAUUAAAAUCGCUUACAUCAUCAGAUUUCAUGCACGUUUACAUUACUGGAGAUUAAAUUCACAUAUCAUCCUUAACAUCACAAUACAUACCAUUACUUAAUUACUAACAUUAUUGCGGGGGGGUGCGCUGGCCUGUUAUUCCACCACAGAACUUAAGUGCUAUCUACACCCUGAUUGUCUCUUAUUCAUUCUUGCAUUACAUGAAUUUGAAAUAGUACAGAUCUUAGAUUAUAGGAGCGGCGAGCAGCGGGCUUUUUUUUUAUACUCUUUUUGUUGCCCUUGAGCCGUGUCCUUUGAUGUAAAAAAAGAAAAAUCCAUCGCAAAUAUUCCAUUCAUGCAACUAAAAUACAGUAUCACACCCAUUCACACACUACUGUUGGUCUGCUGUAGGAGUCGUGUCAUUGUUGCGGUUCCCAGUGUCCUCAGUCUGUUGUUUGAUGCAGUGCAGUGUUGUGUCUCCUCCGCCAGCUCCUCACCCUCAUUCAGAUCACGAGUCGACAUCACCAGACUCUUCCAUGAACUUACGUACGUGACGAAGCUAGCACAGUGUUGGACCUUACGUCACGGCAUCAGUCCCCUUCUGGUCCACAACACUAAUUCAUUUUGGUUUACUCCUUGUGGUUAUUGGCUACACAGUUACUACUAUUGUUCCCAUGCACUGAGUGAUGUACUUAUUUUGGGUUCAGUGUGGAUUUUAGGUUUUUCUAUGUUUUCUUCCCCUGUCCCAGACGUUUAGCCGACUGUGAUAAGCUUCUCUGUGGGUUUCUUUGUGUGACCGGAAUGAGUCGCGUCAUUCCUCGCCCCUGGAUGGCUCACGGACCUGUCAUUUAUUUGGAAUACACUGUGGAGUUUGUGUUUGUGUUUUGCGGGGAGUGACACCAUGCUAUCCUGUGUUUGAGCAGCUCGGUCUUAAACAAAAGUCAGCUUUGAAUCCAUCUCCCGGAUACGUUACGAAUACAC